UUAGUUCUGUUUAGCGAGAUUAACUAGGUCAGGAAAGGGUCCCAGUCCUAGCAACAUGUUUACAUCUUCGUAGCUAACAGACCUGUUGACAUCUGAAGAGUCAGAGAGCAGAGGUAAGUGUCUUAAGUGAUUUGGUGGCAGACGCUGAAGCUGCCCCAGACGAUCUCAAUCCUUAACACGAUUAAGAAAUUAGCACAUUGUCCAUAAUCUCACGUACAGCACGAUGCUCCGUUACAAUUCGGUCAACUGUCAAUUAAGAGCAGCGUGUCUGGGGUGGACUAGUUGAUUUGUCAUAUCCUGCCUCACUCAUCAACAUUGUCUUUACCAAGACAAAGGCAGCAAGAGUGCGAACCCCAGUACAGUGGACACUUAGUCCUGAGAUGAGUCCAAUAUAACCAAGUUCAGAUUUCAUCUCAGUACCGUUUCUCAGAACAAUGGAUUCUCACAAUUUCUCAAAUGUUACGGUGUACCGUGUGUCUGAAGGAGGAGAGACAGCCAUUGGUGUCUACUUGGUGAUGUUAGGCUGGCUCUCUUGGAUUGGAAAUGGAGUUGUGAUUUUACUUUUGACCAAACAGUGGAAAUCUCUUGAACCACAGGAUUUCUUAACACUUAACCUCGCAGUAUCUGAUGCUAGCAUUGCCAUUUUUGGGUAUUCUCGUGGAAUCCUUGAAGUUUUUGAUGUAUUCAAAGAUGAGGGAUACCUCAUUCGGACCUUUUGGACAUGUAAGGUGGAUGGAUUCUUGAUCCUGCUCUUUGGCCUCAUCAGCAUCAACACGUUGACAGCCAUCAGCGUCAUCCGCUACAUCAAAGGAUGUCAGCCUCAGUACGCUCAUCACAUCAACAAGCGUAGAGUUGGUCUUGUCAUCACUGCAGUCUGGUUGUUCUCCUUGUUCUGGGCUGGAAUACCACUUCUGGGCUGGGGCAGUUACAGAGCCCGCAGAUAUGGGACGUGUGAAAUCGACUGGACCCAGGCCAGGUUCUCAGUGCCGGUCAAGCUUUACGUCAUCAGCAUUUUCUUCUUCAACUUCUUCGUACCAAUCUCAGUUAUAGUGUUCGCAUAUGUGUCCAUCAUCCGCACGAUCAACUCCAGCCACAAAACCAGCCGAGGUGGAGACAUCAGUGAGAGGCAAAGGAAGAUGGAGCGCAACAUAACGCGGGUGUCCCUCAUUCUGUGUGCGGCCUUCCUGUUGGCCUGGUCCCCGUACGCAGUUAUCUCCAUGUGGUCCGCUUGGGGCUACCAAGUACCCCCGCUCAACGGUAUCCUGGCUAGCCUCUUUGCCAAGUCAGCGAGUUUCUACAAUCCUUUCAUUUACGUUGGCAUGAGCUCCAAGUUCCGGAAGGAUCUGCAGGAUCUGUUUCCCUGCCUGAAACCCAGAGCGUCUCAGAGCUCCACCCCACGAGUGCUGCUGGUGGCCCAGCCUGAUGACGUGCAGCUUCAUCUGGACCACUUCAAAGAGGAAGAAGUAGAAGAGAACACAGACUCUGGAGUGGAGAUAGGCCGUAAUGAAGCUUCCAGCAACAGUGCUCAGGAGGACAGACAGGAGAGCCCACCUCAGGUGGACACACAGAAUAGCCCCUUAAUGGGGCCAAGUAAUAAGAGUGUCACCUCUCAGGCAUUCUUGAGGAAGCCCAGCGACUCUGGAAGACUGUGAUAUUCUUUUUUUGCUAGAUUGUCCACAGGACACAAAUCUCUUACUAGACUGACAACAUUGUGUGGGGGUUUCUGACCAGCUUUAGCAACACCACAAGAAGUCAUUUUGA